AUGUCCGACGGCAUCCCGUUCACCACAGGCAGCGAAGCAACUAGCGGCUGGCCCCCUCACCGGGGCCCUCGUCCCGUAUUUGAGCCCGGGCCGGCCGAUAUCAAAGCUGCUAAGACGGCCGAGAAGAGGGCAGAGAAGGACCGUCAACGACAAUUUACGAAGCCGUCUCUCGCCAAGAAGGUAAUUACAACAACCAAGACUACCAUCAUCGAGAAGUUAUUGCGUUCAGACCCAGAAAAGCCCAAGAAGCAGAGGGUUGAUCGCGACAGGGACGGUGUUCCCAUCAGAUGA